AUGGCCGAAAAGGCUCCUCCAGGGAUAAACAAAAAAUCCUCAAGAUCUACCCAAUCCCUUCCACCAGAACCUGUGGAGAUAAUAAGAAGCAAAGCAUGUUCAAGGAGAGUCAAAAUCAAUGUAGGUGGACUCAACCAUGAAGUUCUAUGGAGGACUUUAGAUAGACUUCCCCGGACACGAUUAGGGAAGCUCAGAGACUGCAACACUAAUGAAUCCUUACUAGAAGUAUGUGAUGACUAUAAUCUCAGUGAGAAUGAAUAUUUUUUUGAUAGACAUCCAGGUGCUUUCACCUCCAUUUUGAAUUUCUACAGGACUGGGAAGCUACACAUGAUGGAGGAAAUGUGUGCACUCUCUUUUGGCCAGGAACUAGAUUACUGGGGGAUUGAUGAAAUAUAUUUAGAAUCUUGUUGCCAGGCAAGAUACCAUCAGAAAAAAGAGCAAAUGAAUGAAGAACUAAGGAGAGAGGCCGAGACAAUGAGAGAGAGAGAAGGGGAAGAAUUCGAUAAUGCUUGCUGUCCAGAGAAAAGGAAAAAACUCUGGGACUUGCUGGAGAAACCCAACUCAUCUGUAGCUGCAAAGAUUUUGGCCAUUGUAUCCAUUUUGUUCAUUGUACUAUCCACCAUUGCUUUAUCACUCAACACUCUACCUGAGCUUCAAGUAAUUGAUGAAUUUGGACAGCUAAAUGACAACCCACAGUUAGCACAUGUCGAAGCUGUGUGUAUAGCUUGGUUCACUAUGGAGUAUCUUUUGCGUUUCCUGUCAUCUCCAAACAAGUGGAAGUUCUUCAAAGGCCCCUUAAAUGUGAUUGACUUACUGGCCAUUUUGCCCUAUUAUGUCACCAUUUUUCUCACUGAGUCCAACAAAAGUGUGCUCCAAUUCCAAAAUGUCCGCCGGGUAGUGCAGAUAUUCCGUAUCAUGAGGAUACUCAGGAUCCUGAAACUUGCUAGACAUUCAACAGGACUACAGUCAUUAGGAUUUACCCUCAGGAGGAGUUACAAUGAACUGGGUUUAUUGAUCUUAUUUUUAGCAAUGGGAAUUAUGAUAUUUUCCAGUCUUGUGUUUUUUGCUGAGAAAGAUGAAGAUGCCACGAAGUUUACUAGUAUCCCUGCAUCAUUUUGGUGGGCUACCAUCACUAUGACUACAGUAGGUUAUGGUGACAUUUAUCCCAAAACGUUACUGGGCAAAAUAGUUGGAGGAUUGUGUUGUAUUGCAGGAGUGCUAGUAAUAGCACUACCCAUUCCCAUUAUAGUAAACAAUUUCUCGGAGUUUUAUAAGGAGCAAAAACGGCAGGAGAAAGCCAUUAAAAGAAGGGAGGCACUUGAGCGAGCAAAAAGAAAUGGAAGCAUUGUCUCAAUGAAUCUCAAAGAUGCCUUUGCUCGCAGUAUGGAGCUGAUUGAUGUAGCCGUAGAUUCCAGUAAGACUGAGGAAGCAGCCAAUUCAAAAGAAACUCCCGAUGAUAACCACUUAUCUCCAAGCCGUUGGAAAUGGGCCAGAAGGACAAUGUCUGAAACAAGUUCUAAUAAGUCCUUGGAGAACAAAUACCAUGAGGUGAGCCAGCAAGAUUCUCAUGAACUACUGAACAAUGCAGCAGCAGCAUCCAGCCCCCAGCACUUGAGUGCUCAGAAACUUGAAAUGUUAUAUAACGAAAUUACUAAAACUCAGUCUCAGCCUAAUCUGAAUGCCACCUACCAAGAACUAUCAGCAAAACCUCCCCUGUAUGAGGAGGAAAUAGAAAUGGAAGAGGUAACUGGACAGAGAGAACCUCCAGUGUCAGGACCCAAGGAUGUAGUGACUGACAUGAGAAGCACUUCCAGCAUGGACAGCUUUGCCAGCUGUGCAACUGAUUUCACUGAGACAGACCGGUCCCCUCUUCCUCCGUACACCACUUCUCAUGUACAACUAAGGUAUCCAGCAGAGUCUGUCCAUUUAGAAGACCAAAGAGCAAAGAGUUCUCAGUUGUUAUCACUUGCAAGAGAUAAAAUGUUUUCCCCCAGAGACAUCACUUUUGACUACUGCCCAACAACAAUGAGCACUGAAAACACAGGCUCCCAGUCUCUGCUGCAUGGCCAUUUCCACUUCGACAGUGCUAUGGAGAGUCCUAAAAGUUCUCUAAAAGGAAGCAAUCCAUUAAAAUCAAGGUCCCUUAAGGUUAAUUUUAAGGAGAACAGAGACAAUGCUCCACAGACACCACCAAGCACUGCAAGACCAUUGCCAGUAAUGGCAGCAGCAGACUUCAUGAAGUCAACCCCUCAGCAUAUCAGCACCAUUCUCUUAGAAGAGAAUUCGCCACAAGGGGAACGGCCCUUGCUAGGCGCUGAUUCGCCGGUGGUUUGUCAGGGAAUUUCUAAGAAAUCGUCCCCUCUGUUUCCAAAGCAAAAGCUUUUUACUUUUCCUUCAAAAGAGAGGAGAAGCUUUACAGAAAUAGACACUGGAGAAGAAGAAGACUUCAUGGAGAGCCCUGGCAUAAGACAUGACAAGCAGCAGGACAUCAAGGCAAAUUGCUUUGGGGAUAAACACAAAGAUGGGAACCAUUUAACAGAAGAGCCCAUUGUCAGUUCUUCUUCCCCCAAAAGCUUGGGUCAGAACUGUACUCAAGACAUUUACCAUGGUGGGAGGGAAGUAAAAGGGGACAAUAGACAAGAAAGUAACAAAAUGGAAAACCAUUUGUUUUCCCCAGAAAUUCAUACGAAUCCUGGAGAACCUGGUUUUUGUCCCACCCGGGAAACCAGCAUGUGA